AUGGCCUUCUCAUUGUUUAAAAAGUUGGUUCUCCUGGCCAUAUCUACAAGCCCUGCUUUGGCUCAAACAAUUACCGGUGCUACUCAAUGCAUACCAGCUGGACAAUAUACCUUGUGCCAAAAUCUUUGGGGUGCAAAUAGUGGUACAGGAUCACAAAGUUCUACCCUCAUCUCGGCCUCUGGAUCAUCCGUCUCAUGGUCUACCAACUGGAACUGGCAGAACAAUCCUAACAACGUGAAAAGCUACGCAAAUGUUCAGUCAAACAGUGCUCUCGGAGUUCAGCUCAACAACAUUGCAUCGGCGCCUUCAACUUUUGACUGGACAUACCAAAGUCAAUCAUCUGGUAUCAGAGCUGAUGUCAGCUACGACAUUUGGCUUGGAAGUGCCUCUUCCGGAAAUCCCGCAUCCAGUGCAUCCUCUUAUGAAAUCAUGAUCUGGUUGUCUGGUCUUGGAGGAAUCCAACCCGUCGGUAGCCAAAUCCAGACCGGAAUUAACCUAGCUGGACACACAUGGACUCUUUGGUCCGGACCGAAUAGCAACUGGCGCGUCUUCUCAUUUGUGUCAGCAUCUGGGAACAUCAAUAACUUCAGUGCCGAUCUGAACCCAUUCUUCCAAUACCUCAUUAAAAACCAAGGUGUAUCAGGCUCCCAAUACGUUCAAUCAAUUCAAGCUGGAACCGAGCCAUUCACUGGUUCUGCCAACCUCGUCAUUAACAGCUACAGUGUUGCUAUCAACAAGGGAACGCCUUCUUCCACCGCGUCUGGCGGGAACCCCACAGGAAACCCGUCGUCUGGUUCCGGCUCGGUUGCACAAUACGGUCAGUGUGGUGGCACUGGAUACUCAGGGCCCACUGCAUGUGCUUCUCCGUACACUUGCACAUACAGCAACCCAUACUACUCCCAGUGCCUUUAA